AUGGUUCGCUCUGCCGAGCUCUGCGGCACUGGCCUCACCUCUCUGGCCGGCGGCCGUUUGGUGGCUCGUGAGCAGGUGAACGCCCUCACCGCCUACAUCGACGGUUCGCAGAUCUACGGAAGCAGUGUGGAGCUGGCGAGACACCUGAGAGCGAAAAGUAGUCCUGAUCGAGGACUGUUAAAGACUAAUAUAGUGGAUGGAAGGGAGUACCUGCCCCUUAGUGAGGAGCAUCCGAUGGACUGUCAGCUGCAGCCGAGGUCAGGUGGAGGUGGUGGUAAAGGAAGUGGUUCUGGUUCUGGUGCUGGUGGUCUCAUGGACUGCUUCCUCGCCGGCGACCACCGCGCCAAUGAGCACAUUGGCUUGCUAGUGAUGCACAACCUGUGGCUACGGCAACAUAACCGCCUGGCACAGGAGUUGAGACGCCUUCAUCCCGACUGGAACGGCGAGCGUCUCUACCAGGAGACAAAGUUGAUUGUCGGUGCUCAGCUGCAGCUAAUCACCUAUCGAGACUGGCUGCCGAAGAUCAUUGGGAAGAGGGCCAUGACCCGUCUGCUGGGUCCCUAUCGUGGCUACAACGCCUCCAUCGAUGCCUCCAUCUCCAACGUUUUUGCCACGGCGGCGAUGCGUUUCGGCCACACUCUGGUGCGAUCGGAGCUGGUUCGAAAGCUGCUGAUGAGAAAGAAGGAGAAAACGACAGUUUCUGCUGGUGUUUCUUCAAGCGGAAACCAAACCAAAGCCCACCACCAAAAAGAUGACCACCCAAACAUGAACCUGCGUGCCCUCUUCUUCGCCUCUCACCUGCUCUACGAACCGGCGUUGGUCGACUCGCUGCUGAUCGGCCUCGCCGCCACGCCCCUAAAGCGACCCGGCCUCGCGGAGCAGGCCAUCAGCGCCGAACUGACCGAGCAUCUCUUUGAGCGCUCUCGAGAGGCGCCGCUUGAUCUAGCUUCGCUGAACAUUCAACGCGGCCGCGAUCACGCCCUCCCCACCUACAACAGCUGGCGUCGAUUUUGCGGCCUGAAGGAGGCGGCCACCUUUGAGGAGCUGCCCAUUGGAAACAGUUCGACCACUGUUCGCCGGAAGCUGGCCCGUCUCUACGGAAGUACGGAGAACUUGGAUCUUUGGGUGGGCGGCAUCCUCGAGGAGAUCAUCCCUGAAGAAGACGGAAGUUUACCCAAAGUGGGUGCCACCUUUCGCUGUCUGCUUUCGGAGCAGUUUCGCCGCCUGCGAGACGGCGACCGGCACUGGUUCGAGGCGGAGGGCAUUUUCACCCCAAACCAAAGGGCCGAACUGGAGCGGAGCACCAGCCUGGCGGAGAUCGUCUGCGCUAACAGCGACGGCGGAAGGGCUGCCGAUUCGCAGUUUCCGGUGGACGCAUUUUUGCUGCCAAAUGAUGAGGGGAAUCCACUGGUCAACUGCGCCAGCCUGCCCAAGCUCGAUCUGAGCAAGUGGUAA